CUUUAUUCCGACUGUCUGUCUGCUUUAUUCCGACGGACCCCAGAUUUGCAGUAGUGGUCAAAGCUAGCAGCACCCAAACUCGCCAGAUCUCUAAGGUUACCUAGUAACUUGAACUAGGUAAAUCUAUCUACGGGCGCUGGAAGAUCGGAAUUGCAACUCGGCUUAAAAAAAGUCUAUCCAAGCGUAUAAAUCUGCUUACAGAUUCCUUCAUAAGCACCUCACUUGACCACCGCCUCUUUAUUAUUAAUCCAUAAAUCCAUAGCUACUUAGUACCUACCCGAUGUUUGAAGCUAUCGCCAAUUGUUACACCGUGUAGGAGAUCAACGCAACCUAGAGUACUCAGUCGAUUCCUUCAUAAGUAGCAUAUCAUCUUCUUUCAACUUCGAGAAUACUGCUCCCGCCUUUACAUGGAGCUAAGGUUUCAACGAAGAAGUUUCGUCAUUUUUUCACUCGUCGUCGCCAUCGUGGCUUAUUUCCUCGGAGCCAAGAUAUCUCCCACCUUACGUUCAUUCAUUCCAUCCUUAGCAUCAACAUCUAUAGCAAGACCUAUCAGUAGCCUGUCAACGAAAAUGCCUUCACGCACCCCAGUGUACUUCAUGAGUCAUGGCGGCCCAAGCACGAUGUUUGACACGGAGCAUCCGGUAUAUCCAGUCUUACAAAAGAUGGGUCAAGAGAUUACCCAAAAAGUGAAACCCAAAGCCAUCGUAAUCUUCUCAGCGCACUGGGAGGCCAGUCCAAAUGAGAUACAGGUCAAUUCAGCGUUGAUGACCGACUUGAUUUACGACUACUAUGGUUUUCCUCCCGAAUAUUACGAUGUCAAAUAUCCCAAUAUAGGCAGCCCUGAGCUGGCUUCCAAGGUCAUCAACCUGCUCCAAGACGCAGGAAUAAAAGCAAAGGGUACAACACGGGGAUUAGAUCAUGGUGUAUACGUUGGCUUCUCUGUCGCCUUUCAUCCCGAGAAGAACCCUCUCAAUAUUCCCAUAGUGCAAGUAAGCCAGUAUAAGAGCCAAGAUGUAGACCAGCACUAUCGUCUUGGUCAAGCCGUCCAAGCCCUCCGCGACGAGAACAUUCUUGUUAUUGGGGCCGGCAUGUCAGUACACAAUCUACGUGACUAUCGUUUCGCGUUCAACGCCACGCAACCUAUGCCUUACGUAGCCUCAUUUGACAACGCUCUUAAAUCCGGCAUGGAGGCAUCACCCAGUGAGAGACAGGCUCAACUGGCGGAAGUAGCGCAGAGACCAGAUGCUCAUCAGGCUCAUCCUCAUUUCGACCACUUGAUGCCAGCUUAUAUCACCGCCGGUGCUGGUGGUGAGGAUCAGGGAAAGCAGCUGUGGACGCAUCACGAUUUCUCAAUGGGAUGGGCUAUGUAUAGAUUUGGCGAGGUACCAGCGUGAUAUAGCAUCUCGAUGGGAAUGUACAUAAUCAUCGCCUGUACCACGGCAUUGCGGAAUAUGAACGCAAUGUUCAAGUG